UUUAAUUUUUGUGUGUGAAUUAUUCCUUUAAGAAAUGUUUUACAACGUAAUUUUGGUCAAAUUAUACAAAUAUACGAGUGAUUUUUAAGCAAGUCACUUAAAUGCAGUGCUUAAAAAGUGCAACUGGCAGGUGAGCACUCACAAUGAGCUAGUUUAAGACUUUUAAUACUUAAUUUUAUAGUUAAUGACUGUCUAAACCAGGAGAAAAAUCCCAGUAAAGCGCAGGCGCAGCCCUCAGAAGUCUAGAGAGCGUCACUCUGGAUACAGAAACAAUCAAAACCCAAACAAAUCUGAGCUGCAUCACUAACCAGCAGCUAUGCUUCUGUUGAACAUGUGUGGUUCGUUAUUACAUUUCUGAAAUGGCGAUUUCUCAUGAACAAGGAAACAUGUGGCGCCAUCCCUCAGCAGACUUCAGCGUGUCCAAAAUUAGGUAUUAUUCCAGACACAAAGGAGAGGUGAACUGCUGCGCGUUCUCACCUGACUGUCACGUUCUGCUCACGUGCUGUGAUGACGCCAGACUGUACCUGUGGAGCGCCACCAGUGCAAAACACCUGGCCACAUUCAGCGGACACUCAGGUCCUGUGAAAUCCUGUGUUUUCUCUUCGGAUGGUCAGCUGUUUGCGAGUGCGUCUCACGACCGUACGGUCAGAAUCUGGAGCCGCUCCAGCACUGAAUGCACACACAUACUGACAGCUCACAGCGGGAGUGUGGAGACGGUGAGCUUCAGUCCGGACGGUCAGAGGCUGGUUUCGGGUGGAUGGGACAACAGAGUACUCAUCUGGAGGGUUCAGAGCGGUGAGAUGCUGGAGGAUCUGCGGGGUCACACUGCAGCUGUCCAGAGCAGUGCCUUCUCAUCAGACUCACAGAGUGUGGCCACGGGCUCCUGGGAUCGGACCGUGAGAGUCUGGAAACUUCUUGAGGAAAAAGAGGCUGUGACAUUACAGGGGCACCUGGGAAACGUGGCCUGUCUCUGUUUCUCUGUCCGUGGGACGCUGGCCUCAGGCUCAUGGGACGGCACAGUGCGUGUUUGGUCACCGAUGCAUCACGCGUGUCUGUUUGUGUUGGGAGGUUGUGAGCGUGUUUGGGUCAGGAGUCUAGCUUUCUCCAGAGACGGACUGGUUUUAGCAUCCAUCGCUGAAGGCGACAUGGUGAGGAUCUGGGAUGUGACCUCUGGAGUCUGUCUGAAGAGGCUGCAGGGUCACAAGGACUCGGCAUACGGCUGUGUGUUCACUCCUGACGGGAAGCUUCUCACCAGCGGUUCUGAGCAGCUGGAUGUUGAAGAGGAGAGAAGUGAGAGUUUAAACACAGAACAGAACAGGACAGUAAAGAGUGACCACGAGGACGGCCAGGACAUCGUGACCAACGGUGAAUGAAAGCAGCUGUGGAAAUGCAUCCUGUUUUACUCAGAUAAUCAGCGAUUAUAAACUCACAGACAGACAUCAAUGGCUGCAGUGAGGUCUUCUGCACGUCUGAAUCAACAUGUUUAUGAGAUGAGCAUCACAAUGUCAUAACUUUCAGUUUGGGUGCAUAAGGAUUGAAUCGUUUUGUGAUUGUUGGCAGUUUGUAUGCAUUUUUAUUUUUUGUACUGUUUAGGAGGUAAUCACCUUGUUUUUCACCUUGCAAAAUUAAGCUGUUAUCUGUCAAUAUGUGAUAUUUCUGAUCAAUUAUUUAAUAUUUUACUAUAAACUAGUGUUUAUGGUAAUAAAUGUAAAUUAUAAAUAGCAGUUUGCAACAUCAAGCAGCAAAACAGACUAUUUUGAUACUGCAUUAGUAACUGGAAGUGGAUGACAAUGGAAGGAUUUUAAUGAUACUAUGAUACAAUAUUACAUUAUAUAAACAUUUUCAUGUAUUAACCAUAAAGGCUGUGUGAAAACAGGUUAUCAAAUUUAAUUGUAAUUUUUAUAUUGUACUUUGUAUUAUACCAUUGUUUUAUAAGAUUUUUUCACAUCAUUGUUAUAAAGUGAGAGGUAAACUAUAUUUAAAAUGACUUAACAUCUGGAAAGUAUUUUACAUUUGUAUUAAAAACACAAUGUAUAAACCCUUAAAAAAUAUAAGACCGAUUUGAUUUGAAUAAAAUUUUGGCUCUUUUAGAGUAUCUAAAGUUAACCCUUUUUCCGUCAUGCCAAGCAUUUUACAAACCUGUUUUUUCCCCACAAUCAAAAUAACGUCAACAUAAUUAGGAUUGCUAAACUUAAGUAUUUUUAAGAUUAUCUGCACAUACAUCUUAUUAAAAUUAACUCCAGUCUGUAUGAGUGCCAUAGAUUUAUAACCAUAGACAACCCUUGAAAAGGUUAACUAAAAUGUAGUUUUCGAUUUUUUUUUUUAAGUGUUCUUACAUGUUUUAGUUUCACUCUUGGUUAAAUAACUCAAACAUUUUUAAAGCUGUAAUGCAGAGACUUCCAGGGGGAAAAAGCAUCACGUUCCAACUGAUGUCAAAAACAAGUUCCACAUGCAAUCAUCACCUCAAUCAUAUUUCCCAAGAAACCUUAUUCCUGCUUCAGAGACACACAGACUCAGGCGUCUUAAUUCCACGGUGAGGUGUUUAUUUUUUCAGUGAUAAACAACAGUACAGCCUUUCAAGCCUUGACCGCGAACUUGCGGAUGCCGUAGAGGCGGGACUUCCUCUGCAUCUUCUUGGUCAUCAGGUUCUGCUCGUGUUUUGUCAGCUGACGACGGAUGGCACGAGUCUUCCUGGGCCUCAGGUCCAAAGGCUUGUACUUCUUCCCCUG